AUCGCCCACAAAGGCAGAAGAAGAGCAGAUGGCUAGUACUAGCCAAGGUACUAGCAUUCGCCAGCUUCACAAAGCAGCGGCUCUCUUCGCGGUUCUUUCUGGCAGUCUUUUCGAAUUUCACGACUCCACGAUGAUGACAUUUCUCUCCAAACUCCUCCUGCUUGUGUAACUGCCCUGACACCGACGCACGUUGUCACCAGGGGUUUGUAGGUUGAAUGUCUUCCCCCCCCCCCGCCCUGCGAGGAAGAAAAAAAAUGUUUUCAUGUUUUCAUUAUGUAUUUUCGAGUAUGUUUUAGGCCUAGUACAGUAUUUCGUUGUAAUCCUUAAAAUGAACAUCAAUUUAUAUGAAUCCCUCCAAAUGGUGCGUUUUUAAACGUCACCAGCAGAGGGAGACAUUACAAGAGGAUGACUCCUCAGCGUUUCAGUCUACGCUACGUUUGAUCUACUCAUCGUCAUGAAAUCAUAGAUUUACUCAAACUUCUAUGCUUUUACUUUCUGCUUCCUUCAACUCUGUGUGGGCCACGAUGCUACCUUUAGCGCAUAUUUAGUGUAGUAAAUGACAUUCAAUAUUUACGUGUGUAGAAGAGUAGUGGAUGAUGAACCAGAUACCAUGCAAAUACGCCCUCUAGUGGCUGCAAGCCGCAUAGGGAUGACAUUCGAGCAAUCUGAUUGGCUGAUUAAUAAGUGCUAUGAUCGUCUGACGUUUGAACUUGAAGGGAAAAGUCUAAUAUAACAUAACAAAGUGAGAAAAAUAGUCACUGACCUACCCCUAUGGUCCAUAGAUGUGAAUGUGUAUGUGCGUGCGUGUAUAUGUGGAGUGACUUCCUCCACUUCCGUCCUCUGAAGGGAUCUAGUCGCAACCGGUCCGGGCCAAGCGGACCUCUUGGUGCGAGAUAAUCGGCCUCUGAUGUGACUUAAUGAGGCGGACAUGUCCGGGAACAAACUCAGACGCUCUCCUCUCCGAGACGACAGGUGUGCGCCAGGUGAGCCCCGGGAGGACACCGACGACCCGGUACGAACAGCAGCACACUUGAUCGCAGGGCACCACCAGGAAGCCCACCCACACUGACGCCGCCAUGGAGCCGGGCCAGAGCGCGCAGGCAGCGGACAUGGCAGGCGAGCACUCGACCGGUAUGUGCGUGCAGCUGGAGAGGGACCGGGAGAGGGCCGAGCUGUCCAGCCCCAGUCCCCCGGCUAAGCAGCGCUCCCUGCGGGUUGUGUACGUACUGAACGACGGGCUGAAGGCGGUGAUGGCCAGCAGUCCGGAGUCCGGGGCGCUGCAGUGCCUCCAGCGAGCGUGUGACGCCGAGAGUGCCCUGCUGACCACAGUCACCUUCGGGAGGCUCGACUUUGGGGAGACUUCCGUGUUGGACAGCUUCUACGACGCAGACAUUGCAGUCGUGGACAUGAGCGAUGUCUUCCGCCAGCCCUCCCUGUUCUACCACCUGGGUGUGAGGGAGAGCUUCGACAUGGCCAACAACGUCAUCUUGUACCACGACACCGACCCCGACACGGCCCAGUCCCUGAAGGACAUGGUUGCUCAGAAAAACACAGCCUCUAGUGGCAACUACUACUUCAUCCCCUACAUCGUCACCCCCAACCACGAGUACACCUGCUGCGAGAGCGACGCGCAGCGAAGGGCCAGCGAGUACAUGCAGCCCAGCUGGGACAACCUCCUGGGCCCCCUGUGCGUGCCCCUGAUGGACCGCUUCACCAGCCUGCUGAAGGACAUCCACGUCACGUCCUGUGCCUCCUUUAAGGACACCUUGCUGAACGACAUCAGGAAGGCCAGGGAGAAGUAUCAGGGCGAAGAGCUGGCCAAGGAGCUCUCCCGCAUCAAGCUUCGCAUCGACAACACCGAGGUCCUCACGCAGGACAUCGUCAUGAACCUGCUGUUCUCCUACAGAGACAUCCAGGACUACGACGCCAUGGUGAAACUGGUGCAGACCUUGGAGAUGCUGCCUACGUGUGACCUGGCAACGCAGCCCAUGAUCCAGUUCCACUACGCCUUUGCACUAAACAGGAGGAACAGUCCCGGCGACAGGGAGCAAGCGCUACGGGUGAUGCUGCAGGUCCUGCAGUCCUGCGAGCAUCCCGCACCGGACAUGUUCUGCCUCUGCGGACGGAUCUACAAGGACAUCUUCCUUGACUCAGACUGCAAGGACACCAAGAACAGGGACAAUGCCAUACAGUGGUACAGGAAGGGCUUUGAGCUGCAGCCUACGCUCUACUCUGGCAUCAACCUGGCGGUGCUCCUCAUAGUUGCUGGGCAACAGUUUGAGAGCUCCAUGGAACUCAGGAAAAUUGGUGUUCGGUUGAACAGUUUGCUGGGGCGCAAAGGUUCCCUGGAGAAGAUGAACAACUACUGGGACGUGGGACAGUUCUUCACUGUUAGCAUGCUGGCUAACGACAUCCCCAAGGCUACUCAGGCUGCCGAGAAGCUCUUCAAGCUGAAGCCCCCUCUCUGGUACCUGCGCUCGGUGGUGCAGAACCUGCAGCUGAUCCAGAGGUUCAAGAAGCAGACGGUGGAGCAUUCCCCCCAGAGGGACCGACUCAACUUCUGGAUGGACAUCAUCGUGGAGGCCACACAGGGGACCACCAACCGACUGCGCUUUCCUGUGCUGAUUCUGGAGCCCACAAAGGUCUACCAACCGUCGUACGUGUCCAUCAACAAUGAGGCGGAAGAGAAGAACGUCUCCAUCUGGCAUGUUUCUCCUGCUGAAACGAAAGGCAUCCACGAGUGGAACUUCACCGCUAUGUCCAUCAAAGGCAUCAGUAUCAGCAAAUUUGACGAACGCUGCUGCUUCCUUUACGUCCACGACAACUCGGAUGACUUCCAGAUUUACUUCUCCACAGAGGAGCAGUGCGCACGGUUCUGCUCCAUGGUGAAGGAGAUGAUAUCAGACGGGACUGGGAACUCGGUGGAGCUGGAAGGCGAAGGCGACGGAGACACACUGGAGUACGAGUACGACAUCGACGAGACGGGCGACCGGGUGGUGCUGGGACGAGGUACCUAUGGAGUGGUGUACGCUGGGAGGGACCUCAGCAACCAGGUCCGAAUUGCCAUCAAGGAGAUUCCGGAGAGGGACAGCAGGUACUCGCAGCCUCUUCACGAAGAGAUCGCCCUGCACAAGUACCUCAAGCACAGGAACAUCGUGCAGUAUUUGGGCUCCGUUUCGGAAAACGGAUAUAUUAAGAUCUUCAUGGAGCAAGUGCCUGGAGGAAGCUUGUCGGCCUUGCUGCGCUCCAAAUGGGGGCCCCUGAAGGAGGCCACCAUCAUCUUCUACACCCGACAGAUCCUGGAGGGGCUGCGAUACCUGCACGAGAACCAGAUCGUACACAGGGACAUAAAGGGUGACAACGUGCUGGUCAACACCUACAGCGGCGUCUUGAAGAUUUCAGACUUUGGCACCUCCAAGCGGCUGGCUGGAGUCAACCCUUGCACGGAGACCUUCACUGGCACUCUGCAGUACAUGGCUCCAGAAAUCAUUGACAAGGGUCCUCGAGGCUACGGGGCCCCAGCAGACAUUUGGUCCCUGGGGUGCACCAUCAUAGAAAUGGCCACUGGGAAGCCUCCCUUCCAUGAGCUGGGGGAGCCUCAAGCCGCCAUGUUUAAGGUGGGGAUGUUUAAGAUCCACCCGGAGAUCCCCGAGUCUUUGUCGCUGGAGGCCAAGUCGUUCAUCUUGCGCUGCUUUGAGCCGGACCCUCACAAACGAGCCAUCGCCGCUGACCUGCUGAGAGACACCUUUGUUAGGCACAACACCAAGGGCAAGAAGAGCAAGAUCGCCUUCAAACCGUCAGACUACAUCCACGUUUCCCUGCCGGUGCAGUUGCAGUGCGAGGCUACCGGGAGCAGCAGCAGCGAACACGGCUCCAUGAGCCCCGACUGUGACUCCAAACACGACGUCUUCUUCCAGAAAAAGAAAAGCUCCGGCUCGGAGAACCUGCUCAAACCGCCCAACUCCAACUACCUGAGCGUUCCAGACGAAGGCUCCGUGUCGGAGGACCGCAAUGUUCCGCCCUCGCCCGAGGACAGAGACGGGGGCCUCUUCCUACUGAAGAAGGACAGCGAGAGGCGGGCCAUUCUAUUCAAGGUCCUCAACGAGGACCAGGAGAAGGUCAUCUCCAACCUGAAGGAGAACUACAUCCAGGGCAGCGAGGAGCUCCAGCUAUCUGUGGAGCACAUCAAGCAGAUCAUCUGCAUCCUCCGAGACUUCAUUCAUUCCCCGGAGAGGCGCGUCAUGGCGGCCACCAUCUCCAAGCUCAAGCUGGACCUGGACUUUGACUCCACAUCCAUCAACCAGAUCCAGCUGGUGCUCUUUGGCUUCCAGGACUCGGUGAACAAGGUGCUCAGGAACCAUCACAUCAAACCUCACUGGAUGUUUGCCAUGGAUAACAUCAUCCGCAGAGCAGUGCAGGCCGCCAUCACCAUCCUCAUUCCAGAGCUGCAGACGCACUUCGGCCCAGCGUCCGAGUGUGAGGGCGCAGAGAAGGAGGACGAGGUGGACGAAGAGGAGGCCGAAUUCGGCCCCGUGCUGGCGCCGGCCCCCGACGAGCCCGCCGACCCCGUCUCCUCGGCCGUCGCCACGCUCCACUCCGCUCACUCCCACGAGCACCAGCGCUCCCACCACCAGCUGGGGGCUCAGCUGGGGCGCCUCAAGCAGGAGACCAACAGGCUGCUGGAGGAGCUGCUUCAGAAGGAGAAGGAGUACCAGCAGGUCCUGAAGGCCACCCUGCAGCAGCGAACGCACGACAUGGACCUGGUCAGGGUCCGGCACAGACCGCCAGAUAUUUCACCUCCAUCCAUCUUCCACAUUCCGGCAGACCAUGAGCCUGAUAAGCAGCUCACUGAUUGGCUGAAGGAGCAGGGGGCGGACCCUGACACGAUUGACAAGUUUGUGCUUGAAGAAUAUACGCUGAUGGACAUCCUCAGUGACGUCACCAAAGACGACCUGCGCUGCCUCCGCCUCAGGGGCGGGGUCCUGUGCCGAAUCUGGCGGGCCAUCCAGAGGCACCGGGAGCGAGAGAGGCUGAGGGGCGACGAGCGCUCGGACGACGACGUGUGACGUUUUUUCCUGCCAAAGCGCCACUGUGCCUUUUUUUGUUUUUGGUUUCUCCUCACUCCCUUUUUAUUAACUCACGGCGCUGCUUGACUUGAACAGACCAAAGCACUUUUUAGUGCAGGCACUACUUUCUCUAGCAUUGCACAUUGUCACAAGCACAACAAGAGAAGACGACCCUGACAUAUAAAAUGACCCUCAAUAUAAGAGCCCUCUGAUGUAAGAUAACCAACGAUGUAACACAAUCCUGAAUAUAAGACGACACAGAAUACAAGACCCCUCUUACGUAAGACGGCUUUGGAUAUAAAAUAGCACAUGACCCUGAUACAUAACACAACCCUGAAUAUAACAGCCCUCUAAUGUAGGAUGACCCUGAAUAUGACAACCUUGAAUAUAAGACACCUCCUGAUAUAAGACGACCCUGAAUAUAAGAGAAGCCUGACGAUAAGAACACUCUGAAUAUAAGACGAUCCGUGAUAUAAGAUGACCUGAAUAUAAGAAGACUUCUGAUAUAAGACAUCCACAAAUACAAAGAUGACCCUGAUAUAAGAUAACCAUAAAUAUAAGACAGCCCAAACUAUAGGAUGGCCCCUUGUAUAAGAUGACCCUAAAUACAAGACGACUCCUGAUGUAAGAUGACCCAGAGCAUAAGACAGCCCCAAAUAUAAAGGCGGCUCUGGAUAUAAGAUGAGCCCUGAUGUAAGGACAACCCUAAAUACCUCUGUUUGCUAACUUGCCCCACCGGUCUCCAGGUUCCACGAGUGUCUGUCUGAGGACAGGAAGAAAAGCUUAGAGAGAAGUCGUCCUACGCUACCUGUUGGUUUGCAUGUAUAAAAUCUUGAGAAUAUAAGACGGCCCCGUUAUUUUUAGACUUUGUUCUGGGGUAAAAAUAGCAUCAACCGCUUGUGAGUGACACUGAUCCAUAUCGUUUUGUUUCGUUUUUUAAAGUGUGACUCACGUCCACCUUUUCCGCGCUUUACUAGCCUGGUUUAGCUAUGGAAAAAAAAGUGGUUGAUUUAUAAAAUAUUUAAAACCCAUGACCUGCGAUUGGUUGGUUGGUGACCAGUCCAGGGUGCGCCCCGCAUCUCACCCCAAAGUCAGCUGGGAUAGGCUCCAGCUCACUCGUGACGCUAAUUGGGAGAAGCGCUAUAGAAUAUGGAUGAACGGAUAAAACCUAUGACCAAACUAGCUAUCACACCACACGUCAUCGAUUAGCAGUCCUUUUGUGUUCCUUCUUUUAGUCCAGUUAAUUAGUGCAGUUAAUCGGAUGUUUUCUUUCACUGUGUGUGCGUGUGCUUCAAGCUUGCUUUGCAAUAAACCUGGAAAUCAUUUA